AAAUCGAAAGCAAUCAUUGUCUUCUGCACCACGUAACGGGGACAAACAUCUUUCAAUGCAGCUGAUGAAUUAAGAUUUGUGUGGGGCAUGGGCACACGAGCUCAAAAUUAAUUCACAACUCGGGCAAUUCAUGGCAGCCGCCUGUUUCUUCUGAUACGCCAAUGUUAAAUUUGCUUCUGCUGCCAUGUUUUUAAUAAAACAUUGAUGGAUUGUAUUAUUUGGAUGUUUUUUGGACUAUGUUCGUCAAUAUUCAAUGAUUUGAAUUACAAACUACAAAAUACAGAUGGUGACCAUGAUUUAAUUUGCAUUGAGGAGAUUCUACAAAGUUUCUGAUAAACGCAAUAUUACUACCACGCCCUUCAUAGAACUCAUCGUAGCACACCAUGUCAUCAUCACGUCGUCUUAAGAGUAACUUCCCGAGCGGGAACGACCGAUACCAGUCCCUCCAGCAGAUCAGCAGCAGGAUCCUGAGCCGAGCUGGAACCUUGAACAGCAUGGAGGAGCGGGAGCUCACCAGGAGAAGACAGCAGCUGGAGUACAAGGAGGGACUCAAGGAAGCGCAAUACCAGUCCGUCAAGAAACGCCUCUGUGAUAACCUCAAAGACCACGUCCUGUACAAGCGAGCUCUGCGGAACAGCUUGAAGAAAAAGUCGAGGUCUGAAGUUGACCUGCGAACAUCAUUCGACGUUGACCCAUUUAAUGAAAAACCUGACAACUACGAUGACGACGAUGAUGAUGAUGAUGAAAGAUCAAUGUUUGGACGUUAUUGUGGACGGACGCAUCCGCGUUUCACAGAUGCCAUGCUGGAUCUCGAUUAUAAGAUGAGGAAUGGUGAGAAGGAGAAAACAAAAAAACUGCUAGGUAUAUCCAGAACGGAAAGCGACAUCCUCAUCGACCGCAAACUGACCACGGAUCAGAUUUUAAAAGCAGAUCAUCUUCCGUUGUCGCAGAGGUUGACCCUGACGAACACGGAGAAAUUCCAAUCCGUUAUCAACCGAACGCGCGCCUUUUAUGUCUUGAAAAAAAUGCGGAACAGAAUUGCUGAAAGAAAGGAGCGGGAGAAAGGAAUUAAGAUUCGUAAAAGCUCGAAAGGUGAAUUCUGCACUCAAAAUACGAAGACAGAUCUUCGAUUGGAAACAGAUCUUCUAAUUGAAUAGAUAGCAAUAACUCUCGUUUUUAUUUCACUAGUUUAUCGGCAUUGUAAAUGGAUUUGUUUAGCCAUUCGCGACCGUUUUGUGUGAUAUGGAAUUUGCUGCGAAUUUAUUGGGAUUUUUUUUCAAAAA